ACAUCGUCGUACAUGAUCUUUCUGAAAAUCAUCACAUCAAACGAUAGCCAUGCUCUGUAGGGGAAGAGUAAUACGAUUCCUGGUACCGGCAACACAACCACAACAACUUACCAAAACAACUUCUUUUGUUACACCUUCCUCACUGAAAUCGUACACAAAACCCAGAUAUUUAUUUACCACCAACCCUUUUCGAGAACUCGUUUCAUCAUCAUCCCCAGCUACUGUAACAACAAGUGGUUUUGCUGUUAGAGUUGCGAGAAUGUCGUCUUCGAGUGGACAAGGAGGUCAGGAUGGUCAUUUCAAGUUGUCUGAGUCCAGCGCUCUCGUCAUUAAGAAAGGGGAUAUCACUAAGUGGUUUGUUGAUGGCUCUUCUGAUGCCAUUGUUAAUCCAGCCAAUGAGAGAAUGCUUGGAGGUGGUGGCGCAGAUGGAGCCAUACAUAAGGCUGCAGGACCAGAACUUGUAGAAGCUUGCUAUAAGGUCCCAGAAAUCCGACCUGGAGUACGCUGUCCAACAGGAGAAGCGAGAAUUACCCCAGGGUUUAAAUUGCCUGCAUCCCAUGUGAUUCACACUGUUGGUCCCAUAUAUGAUUCUGAUAGCAACCCUGAAACCUCCCUGAAAAAUGCAUACAAAAACAGCUUGAGUGUGGCCAAAGAGAACAAUAUUCAAUACAUUGCGUUUACUGCUAUAUCAUGUGGCGUAUAUGGUUAUCCUUACGAGGAAGCCGCCACAAUAGCUAUAUCUACAGUCAAAGAAUUUGCAAACGACUUUAAAGAGGUGCACUUUGUUCUGUUCUCGGAUGAAAUCUACAAUGCUUGGUUGAACAAGGCGAAGGAACUGCUCCAGGCAUAGAGUGUAUUAGCAGCUAGAUUAAACCAAAUCUUUGAGCAUGUAAAAAUCCAAAUUUUAUCUUUGGAGGCAUUUGUGCUGUGUCAUAUUAUAUUAUGGGUUGUGGUUUUCGUUGGAGAGAAUAGAUUGAUGCUGGUAUUUGCUCUGUGAUAUACAUAGAAGGCUCUGCUCCCUUAAAACAUUCAGUGUUCGAGUCAGAUUUAAUGUAUUGUCCAUUGAACUGU